UUUAAUCAGUCACAAUUGAAAUUUUCAUGGGUACGCAUCUUUUUGGGUCACCCUGUACUUUCUUUUAAACAGCAGUCCAUGCUAAUUUAAUUCUCUCACUGGGAUGUUAUAUGCAGUUAAGUCCUUACGGGCAAUACAUAUAGUAGGGGUGUACUGAUGCCUGGGUUGCAGUGUUGCCUAGUGUGUCAAGUUUGCUGUGCAUGUGUUGAUUUGCAGUGACCUGUAUUGAUAGGAGUGUAGUGCCGUUUGUAUUUUUUUUUUUUGGUAUCAUAUGCCCCCGUGUUCUCAGGGCUUCUAAUUGCUGUGUUGCCUGCCUCCUGUUACAAUAAAUAUACUGUGGACUGACGCUGGCUGUGGUCUAUUGGGGUUAAAAGUACCUGUCUGUGUGGUGACAAUAGUACUGUCACACCCUUUGAGUAAAGAGCUCAAGCAGCAUUCCUGAAAUAUCACGAGAGGAGUCUCGGAAAACUUACCUGAACAGUGAACGCAAUGGCUGGCAAAUAAACAAGGAAGCCAAAAAACAGCGCGGCUGCGAGCUUCAAGCUAAAUUUUCAGUAUAAAUCAUAUACAGGGAAACUAAUCGUUUAUAAAAAAAGUAGAUGAAAUAUAUUACCGAUGUCGGGGAAGUCUAGUUUUGAGUAGAGUGGAGCCGCCGGAAAGUGGAAAGCAUUGGUCGGCUGGGCGGAUCACUGACGUCAUGUGUAAACGUCACAAGUCACGUGAUUGCGCUCUUUCAACAAGCAAAUUCAUUCAUUGGGAAAUGACGAGUUGAUAAUGCAAAAUUAAAUUAUGAUUUGGUAUUUAAUACAAAAAUGAUACUAUAACUUUAAUUUUAAGGGUUAGGGUUUAUUUUGAAUGUGUGCUUUUCAACAAUUUUUUAUUAUUAUAGUAACGCUGUUUUAUUUUCCCAGUUUUUUCCUGAAAGAAGGAAGAAUUUAUCCCCACCAUGAGAGAUUUGGGUCAGUGGGGGAGGAAUACUCUCCAGCUGUUCCACACUGCUGGUGUGUACAUUUCUCUGUGUGUGUGUGUGUGUGUGCGCACAGUCUCUUCAGUGUUAUUAAUCCAACCCCGCUGCACUUUCUGCUGCAUUACUGCUUUGUGUGCUUCACUGUAUUCAUGCCAUGUGUAUGUGAGCAGAUGUUGGACACGUGUGCAUUCAUACCUCUCCAAUGCAUAGUUUGGACUUUAAAUGAAUAAAAGAAAUGAACCGGUCUGAUUUAAUUGACCAGAGAAAAUGGCCUGAAUUUCUAUUAGCUGAGGUAAUUUAUGUACUUAUUCAGUCAAAUGGGUCAUCGGGUUAAUCGGUAAAAGAAAGUAUGUGUAUUGAGUAUGGUUAAAACCAUUGGUGGGUAAUUAUCCUUUAGUUAAUCUAAUGAAAAUCAGUAGAUUAGUUGAUGACAAAAUCUGGGAGUGUGUUAGGAUGAGUGUGCAUAAUCACGAUGCAGUACUAGAUGAGGUCACUAGACGUCUCUGUUUGUUUAAAUUAGUUUUUGUAUAAGGCAAACCUCCUCAAAGCACAUGAUGCCACACUAUUAGUGUAGACUGAUCCAGAGCAGUCAUACAAUAUUAAAUGGCAUCAUUUCCCUCAUUUUUUUAAAAUCUGAAAAUAGCCAGCAAUCAGGGUAUUAUAUAGACGUGAGGGAGGGAAGAUAGUAGUUUGAAGAAAAAGAAAGGAUUGUGUUACGCUGAGAUGGAGAGAGGGAAAAAGGAAUGGAUAGAGGGAGGAGGGGUUUAAUCCUGCCUGGAUUAUGGUAUAAACUGGUUGUGGGGCGCAAGAGAGAGAGAAAGAGGAAGUCCCAACAGCCCUCCCUCCAUCUCUCCACACAUCCAUCACUCCAUCACAGACUGUUUUCAUCGCGUGUUUUUGGGAUCUUUUAUGAUGAGGAGUUGAAAAAUAAGUAUUCUGGAUGGAUAAAACUGAAAAGAAAGGAGCAGAAUGGAGUGAUGAGAAGAGAUGAUGUGGAGAUGUAGCUUCAGUCCGGAUUUUUUUUUUCUCCUGUCGUUCACAUGGACGUUUUUUUAUGAUGUUAUCACGCAAAGUUUUUGGACCUUUGGCGGUCCUCUGCAUGUCACCAUGGAUUAUUUUGAAUUCUUGGAGACUGGAGUACAUAUCACGCCUCUCCUGGCUCACCAAACUUCAACAUAACUGAUGUUUUGGAUUUGGACUGUCUCAUAGUGGACUUCUUAAAGAAGGCAAGUUGGCAUGUUUUGUGUAUCUUGAUCAAAUGCAAGUUGUAAAUAAACUGCCAGGGAAGUUGUUUUUGUUGUCAUUUGACUGGAAAUCCUCAGAAAUGGAUGGAAACGCCUGCGAUGCUGGACAGCGGCACGAAAAUGGGCCACGGGGAGCGUGGUUGACGAUGCUGCCGUGGAUAAUCUUGUGUAGCUCCAUGUGGAUGACGGUCGACGGUCAGACGAAGAUCUCGCCGGAGAUUGUGCAGAAGUGGGCAGAGUCAUUUGGCAAAGAAAUCGCGUCCCUCUCCAGCAAAUACUCUGGAGCUGAACUGCUACAAAAAAAAUAUAAGGACGUGGAGGGCGUGCUCAAGAUUGAGGAAGUGGACGGAAAUGAGCUGGUGAAGAAGUUUGCAGAGGAGAUGGAGAAGAUGCUUGGGAGGAAGAUGAAAUCUGUUAAGAGAUUAGCUGAAGCCGCCGAGGAUGCUGAUCUUUACCAUGAGUACAAUGACACCCUAGAGUUUGAAUACUACAACUCUAUGCUGAUAAACAUGGUGGACGAAGAUGGAAACCCGCUGCCUUUGGGAGGAGAGUUCCCUUUGGAAAAGAACGAACACUUUAGCAAACUGCCGGUUAACACGCAGCAGAGUAACAUCCAAGUGCCCACAAAUGUCUACAAUAGAGAUACGGAUAUUCUGAACGGAGCAUACAUGUCAGAGGCUCUCAAUGAUGUGUUCAUUGACAACUUCCAGAAGGAUCCCACCCUCACCUGGCAGUAUUUUGGCAGUUCUUCGGGUUUCUUCAGGCUGUAUCCAGGGAUCCAGUGGAUCCCGGACGAGAACGGGGUCGUCACUUUUGAUUGCAGAAACAGGAACUGGUACAUCCAGGCAGCGACUUCCCCUAAAGAUGUGGUCAUUGUGGUGGAUGUGAGCGGCAGCAUGAAGGGUCUCCGACUCACAAUAGCCAAACACACCAUCAACACAAUACUGGACACGCUGGGGGAGAACGACUUUGUCAACAUCAUAGCUUAUAGCGACUACGUUCGAUACCUGGAACCGUGCUUCAAGGGAAUUUUGGUCCAAGCUGAUCUGGAUAACAGAGAGCACUUCAAACUCCUGAUCAACGAGCUGCACGUCAAAGGAGAAGGCAAAGUGAAGAAUGCCAUGAAGGAGUCUUUCAAGAUCCUCAACGAGGCUGCAGCGCUGGGCCAGGGCAGCCUGUGUAACCAGGCCAUCAUGCUGAUAACAGACGGCGCGAUGGAGGACUUCCAAGAUGUCUUCGAAGAGUUCAACUGGCCUGAACGGCGGGUUCGAGUUUUUACUUAUCUCAUCGGACGCGAGAUGACGUUUGCCCAAAAUGUCAAAUGGAUUGCCUGCAAUAAUAAAGGUUAUUACACACAUAUUUCCACGCUGGCUGACGUCCAAGAAAACGUUAUGGAGUACCUACAUGUUCUCAGUCGGCCUAUGGUCAUCAACCACGACCACGAUAUCAUCUGGACAGAAGCCUACAUGGAUAGUGUGUUACCUACCACUAAAGAGCUGUUUAACAGUCAAGCCCAGAGUUUGCUUCUGAUGACAUCUGUUGCAAUGCCCGUGUUCAGCAAGAAAAAAGAGACGUUGUCUCAUGGAAUUUUGCUGGGAGUUGUCGGAACUGAUGUGGCCUUGAAGGAACUGAUGAGAUUAGCGCAAAGAUACAAGCUGGGUGUCCAUGGUUACGCCUACCUCAUUACCAACAACGGCUACAUCCUUUCUCAUCCUGACCUCCGACCUCUGUACAAAGAAGGGAAGAAACUAAAACCAAAGCCUAACUACAACAGCGUGGACUUAUCCGAGGUGGAAUGGGAAGACACUGAGGAGAAACUCAGGACAGCUAUGGUCAAAGGAGAAACUGGCACGUUGUCCUUAGAUGUGCGGACCUCAGUGGAUAAAGGCAAACGGGUGAUGUUUCUCAAGAAUAAUUACUUCUACACUAGCAUCAAUGAGACGCCUUUCAGUCUUGGUAUAGUGCUGACAAAAGGAUACGGGCAGUAUAUAUUUAUUGGAAAUGUGUCUGUUGAAGAAGGUCUUCAUGACUUACUCGCUCCUGAUUUGACCAUAGCCAGCGAAUGGACUUACUGUGAGACCGACAUUGACCCUGCACAUCGUAAACUGAGCCAGUUGCAGGCCGUCAUCAGAUACUUGACGGGGAAAGAACCAGAUCUGGAGUGUGAUCCACAGCUCAUGCAGCAAACUUUAUUUGACGCAGUAGUGACUGCGCCAAUGGAAGCCUACUGGACAGCCCUCAUGCUUAACCCGACUAGAAUGGAUGACGGCAUUGAAACCGCUUUUCUCGGCACGCGUUCCGGCCUCAUGAGAUUUCAGCGUUACACUGGCAUCGAAAAGCGAGUUGGCAUGUCGUUCCUGACAGCCACUGAUAAGGAAAAUAUGUUCACCCUGGACCACUUUCCUCUGUGGUUCCGUAGGGCAGCUGAGAGCCCGGCCGGUCAGUUCUUGUACUACAUGCCCCGACAGGACACCAGAGCUGGGAGGAUUGUGAUCGCAACCACUGCCGUCACUGUGACAGUAGGCAAGAAGACUGCCAUCGCUGGAGCUAUUGGUGUCCAGAUGACUCUGGAAGUGUUAGAAUCCAAAUUUUGGGCUAUUGCAUCGCAGCCAAACGACACUGAUUGCUCUGACGUAGAAGGAGUUUGUCCUCUUCGCUGUGACAGCUUUGUGAGUAUACCCCACAAAGUACCCACUUACUCCUGCGUCAUCUCUGGAAGAUCUCAACCUCACGCUACGCGCGUCACAGUCCGAGAUAUGGAGUGCUACGUGAUUGACAAUAAUGGGUUCAUCCUCAUUUCUAAACAGCGUGCUGAUGCCGGAAAAUUCUUCGGCGAGGUCGACGGCUCGGUCAUGACGAUGCUGAUCCGAAUGGGCAUGUUCAAAAGAGUGUCUCUGUUUGACUACCAGGCUAUGUGUAAGAUGAACGUUCACUCCACCAGCAGGGCCCGACCGCUUCUCAGCUCAUUCUACGCUCUAGCAUCCGCCCUCAAGUGGUUCCUCUCCAACUUCUUACUGUUUCUUCUUGAGUUUAAUGUCUGUGGAUUCUGGCACACGGAGCAUUUUGCAGAUGCUUCCUUGCACAAGAAAAAGGGUGACAUCCUGCAGCCAUGUGAUACAGAGUACCCCAGUUUUGUCUACGAGCCAUCAGUCAAAGAGACCAACAGCAUCAUUAAGUGUGGACGCUGCCAGAAGAUGUUUGUAGUGCAGCAAAUCCCGCAGAGCAACCUGCUGAUGUUGGUCGUGCAGGCGGACUGCGACUGCUCCAGACAACACUCACCCAUCACCCUUGAGCCCAAGGAAGUCAAAUAUAUCGCCUCAGUGAAGUGUGAGCGGAUGCGGUCCCAGAAGAUCCGAAGACGUCCUGAGUCGUGUCACUCGUACCACCCUCAGGAGAAUGCAAACGACUGUGGAGGAGCUUCUGCCGCAUCACUCUCUGCCUUCCUCUUCCUCGUGUGUCCCAUCGCCUCAUUGCUUUCCUGAUGGUGCUGCAAGGGGAUUUAUUUUUAUAUACAACACAUCUAGAUCUCGCUCACUUUUUUUUUUGUCCUGACAAUCUGAAGAACUCUUCCUUGCCUCGGUCAAGUGUUGAAAUUGGCAGCUGUUGCCAUGGAUACCACUCCAUUACUUACCUUCUCUUCCACCACCUUGCAUAUGCAAUUGAAAAGGGACUAAAGAGAAACAUGUGGCUGCAGUGACUCACGUGGAUGAAUUAUGAAUCACGAGAGCGAAUGUAAUGGAGCCUGUAGGGAAGUAAUGAGUUGCUGAUAUACCAUGACACCAAAUUGCAUACGGUAAUGAAUGACAUAUUUUGUAACAUAUGGAAGGGCUUCAGGAUACGAAAUGGAGACACUUAUGUACAACUUAUUAUAAUUAGUGUUGCACCGAUACCAUUUUUUGGGCCCAAUACCGAUACAGAUGUGCAGUAUCGGCCGAUACCGAAACCAUUCCGAUACCACUCUGUUUGCAAAAAAAAAAAAAAAAAAAUACACACACACAUAUACAUGUAUAUGUACAUAUAAGGGAUGCAACGAUAUAGUUAAGUCACGGUUCGGUACGAUUUUCGAUACAAUUCAAUACAUUUAAUCCUCUGAAACAGAAAAUACAACUGUUAUUAUUUUAAUUUUUAAAAAUUUUUUUUAAUUUGCUAACAAGCAAAAAUAACAGUGCCAUCAUAUAAACAAGCAUUUUAGUGCAUAAUAUUUAUGUGCUUACUUCUUACUGAUCUGAAGAAAUUUUGUAUAUAAGCUGAGAACAAUCUUUACUGUUUGUAAAGUGGGGCACACUGUUGAUUGCUGCAGCUCUCUUAGCAGCUAUAUUUACCAUAUAAGCAAAACAUCCUAUUUGUGGUCCGAGUCCAUCUGUAACAUGUACUGAAUUAACAGUAUUUACAGCAUUUUCUAUAGUCACUGGUAUGGAUUGAUUUGGCCUGCCUAACUUCCAUUCAGUCAUGGCGGUUUCUGAUUCAUCAAUGUAGUAUUAAGGAUUACACGUCGCUCUGGGCUCACGCAGCUAGUGGCAUGGGAUCUAGGUUGCUCUUUGAUGAUAUCUAGUGUGUGCGCGCGAGAGUUAGCAUGGGAUCUAACAUAGGACAUCUAGGUUGCUUUUUGUUGAUAUCUAGUGUGCGCGCUGCGCCGCUUGAGUGUUUUCUGGCGACAGAAGUCACUUCUGCUCAUUACUGCACAACACCAGCAUAUGACAAUCGACUUUCAUAAACAGGACUAGUUUGAAGUAGGGCGCUCUUAAUUUGCCACUCAUUGUUCAUCAUGAAACCAUGAGUUUGCUUAGUCUCCCACGGUCUUAACCUUUCUGAUCCCAUCGGCUCUACAACAGCAGGCGUUAGCUUACGUGUGCUAAUCGUUUGUGAUUGCCAUGUUAGAUGAGCAGCGUAAUAUCGCUGAUAUGCGUUGUUGUUUACAUCCUUAAUAUUGAAGACGAAGGUGUUAAUUUCGUUUGGUAAUUUCGAGACAAAGACAUACAGAUGUCAUGCAUCGGGAUUUGGGAAGUUAGCUCACAUGGGGAGGACAGUACAUUUGCGUCCAAGUGAUGCCAGUAGAUGGUAUCGGCGCCCUAAAUGUUGGUACUCGUCGAUACCGAUACCACCAAUUCGGGCCGGAUCGGCGCCCCCUGCCGAUACUGGUAUCGGUAUCGGUGCAACUUUAAUUAUAAUCAUUUUGGAGUCAUCAUUUCAUACUUGAAAUCAUUGCCAUUGACGCCGAUAAACGUCUUAUCCACUUUAAAUGAAUGGCGUACCGCAAGCAACACAUCAGUUUUGCUUAUUAAUAUUCAUGAGGUUAGCAAUUGUUGCUAAGGGGGGGGUCAACCUCCCGUGUGUCCCUAAUAGUAAAUGCAUGGAAAUACCAUAUUUGCCCGAAUAUAAGACGGCCCUGAUUAUAAGACGGCCCCCUUUUUUUCAAGACUCAAGUUUGAGAAAAGACUUUUUGAACACCAAAUUAAUUUUUGUACAGAAAACAAUUACAGUACAUCCGAAAAAAAUGACUAUAACAAUAUAUUUGAGAGAAAAACCAUGUUAUUUUGCCUCAUUCAAAUGUUAAUAUCUGAACAUUUAAAUAUGUAAACUAAAGUGCAAUCACAUUUGUAAAUGAAUGGCUUCUGGUUUUUGAAAUGUAAAUAAACCAAUCUAUUGUGAUGAAACAACAAAAUUGCAAUAACUGCAUUAACCAUCAACGUGAGGUCUAAUUGUAACUGUAGUCUUGAAACAAAUCUGAAUAAGGAAAAACAGCAGCUGGGAUCUGUCAUGACAGAACAUCGCUUCACUGAUAUCUGGCGCCAUCUAGCGUCGUGAAUGGGCAUAAUGUCUAGACCGCGAAUAUAAGACGACUCCCUCUUUUUCAGUCUUAUUUCAAUGCAAAAAACACCGUCUUAUAUUCCGGCCAAUACGGUAGUGUGCGAACGAGAUGUUUACUGAGCUAAACCUACCAACGAAAAUUAUGUCCCUGGUGCCAAAUUUACUGGUAAAGAUGUGGAAGAACAUAAAAAUGUUCCGUUAAAGAGAUGGCUUGAGUAUCGAGGGCUGUAAAAGACGGGAAAAAGAGCCGACCUGAUCCAGACCAGUACAGUAAUAACAAAUGUUAAUUCUAUAAUAUAUUAACAGUUCCUCCUUUUUUACCAACGGAAAAGGUAACAACAGUGGCAGGCAGAUACCAUUUUAAUUUUUUUCAGGUCAUUAAUUGUCAGACAGAAGCACCACGGCAAAACGACACGCUAAAAAAUAAGUAAAAAUAUCAAAAUGGCUUACCUUUUCGUCCUCUGUAGGACCAUGGCUCCCAACAAAAUGUUUACUGAAGAUGAAAUGUGAAUGGCUUCACCUUGCUGGCGUUAAACUGCUCUUUUGGACAUCCGCACAAGUUGAUCCAUUCUGUACAUUUUUUUUUCAGUUUUUGGUUUCGGGACACGUAUGAAGAAAACAUCCUUCAUAUGUUGUAAUGUCUGGAGUCGUUUCUACAAGUUCCAUAGCAGCAGUAUUUACUCGGCAUGUUCUUUUUUGAAAGAUUGCCAGCGAAAACAAGCAGGAAAAACAUGGGUUGUAUGCGAGGGCGUGUCUAUGUUGACCCACUUCCACGUUACGGUGGCGACGUCACGGUCUAAAAAUAGCAUUACACUAUUGGGCGUCUAUCGACUUCAAUGGCACUAAAACAUGAUCAUUCAGUGGCGGUUCAAUGGCAGCCAAUGAGUUAAUAUUGGAAAUCUAACAACAUAAGUAUUUUUAUACACUUAUCGUGUUUAAAUUUUCUAAACCAGCAUGUGUUUAUGACAAACUGCCUGACUACCUACUAAAGUCAUUCUAAAUGUGUUCGUAUAUGUGUAUCCAUAACUCAUGUUGAAAUCAUGAAUUUCUGUUGUUAUUGACAUUAUGGCGGAAAACACUCAGGUGACUUGAAGUUCCGCUCUGAGACCCCCAAUUUGGCCAGAUUUCAAAAUGGUCCUAUAUGCAUGUCUGAUACAUCAUUGGAAAGCUUAAAAUCUCUAUUUUCUGGGGGAGGAAAAUUUUUGAACAGGUGGACAUUUAAAAAAAAAAAAAAAAAAAAGCAAAAUUAAAGACGCCAUGAUUUUUAUUUUUAUUUCAUUAUUAUCGCGUACUUACCUCUUUUCGGUCCAAAUACUCAAUGUACCUUGUAUUACCGAGUGUCAAGACACAGCUGUGAAUGGCCACAGCCGGGUUUUUGGGGGGGAUUUUAUGGGUGAAACGUGGUAAUAUAACAAGCGUCGCGAUGCAGAAAUCACAGACAUCAAGGAGUGGUUGAGAUUUUCUUUUUCAUAUAUUUCCCCUUUUAAACUUUUUUUUUUUUCUUUGUUUGGAUCGAUUAUUUAUCAUCUCAAAUAAUGGGGAAAAUGCGACAGUAACAAAAAAAAAAAAAAUACAAUUAAGCGAUAGUUAUAAGGUAGAUAUACGUUACUUAUUUACAUCAUUUUUUUCAUUGUGACGUAAUUUGUUUAAAAGUUUAAAAUAUGUGAGUGAAUAAUUUUUUAAAGUCGUUUAAAAUAGA